GUUUCAGCUGAAAGUGGAAAGACGACUACGGGAAUUCUCUGCCAUAUAGACGAUUCUCUGGAUUCUGUUAUCAACCAGGGAUACACAUUGUAGCAACAUGAACGAUUCUAUAGGUUAGUUUUGCCGGAGAGGUCAUUCUAUUCUGAAAACCCGAGGUGGAUGGAUAUCAGAAUCAACACAUCAGUGACAUUGCAGGUGAAAAUAUCUCGGCUCUAAGGAUACCAUCUAUACAUUGAUAUACAACAUACCUCAAUUCUCAGGGAAACUUCAACUUUGUAAUAGCAUGAGUGUGGAAGUUCCACAGAUUCCUGUGGAUCCUGGGGAACACUACGCUGGGGAUGUGCCAACUGAACAACGUCCUCCUGUACCAGGGGAGGAAAACAUUGAGACGAUAUCCAAUGAUGGUUGCAGCAGCCAUAGUCACUAUAGUAACAAAACAGUUAUUACAAAAACUGAAUUGACUCAUUCGCCAGCAGCAACGCCGAGGCGAUCGAAUAUUGAUCAAGGGAAAUAUGCGUCAUUAUUACAGUACCAUGUCCAGAGAGGGGUCAAAGGUACCGAAGACAUUGAAGCACCCCUUGGAUUUGAACCUGAGGGCAGUGCAAGUGUCACACCACCGUAUACACGAUGGGCAGAGAGUUUUCGUGCACUUCUGGACGAUAGUGAAGGAAUUAAUCUUUUUAGGGAAUUUUUACAGCAGGAAAAUGACGAAGACAGUUUACUGUUUUGGUUUGCAUGCCAGGGUUUCAGGAAUAAGCUUGCAUCGGACCCAACCAGGGCUGGUACAGGAAAAGUUAUUUAUAAGAAUUUUAUAAAGUUGAAUGGACCACAGACAGUAAAAUUGUCGGAGCAAACAAGGAAUUACAUUGCUCAAGAUCUAAAUAAAACUCCCAUUACUCCAGGAUUAUUUGACCAAGCACAAUCGGAAAUAGAGGACCUAAUGCGAGAGACUACAUAUCCGAUGUUCCUAAAGUCAGAAAUCUAUGUGCAAUAUGUUCAGAACGGUGGACUCUUAAGUCCCAAGUGCGAAAGUAGCUCCAGCUCAUCGAAUGCGCGUUACCCCACUGGCUACUUGCCUACAGUACAUGAGGAUGCUGAACUUUGUUGUGAUGUGAAAUCUUCUACCUCAGAUUCGGAAAAACAGGUUCCAUUAACGAGUGAAAUGUUAGCAGCGACGAGAUACGCCAGAAUGGGAAUAGCCGAACACCACCGAGAAGGGAGGCAUUUGCAGUCGACCUUAUCAAAAGUAAUCAGUCCAUAUCAUCCUAGUCUAGCUUCACAUGCGCCAGCUACAUCUACCAACGACUCAGAGCUACAAAGUCUAUCAAGUGAUGCAAUAUCCGAUGAUACAAUGUCACUAACAGACUCCAGUGUGGAUGGUUUCCCAACGACGAGGAGGAGGGAGCAACGUCGCAGGAGAGAGAUGAGAAGUAUGAAUAUGAAUAUGAAACAGAAUGGCUGCAUCAAGUCUUUUCCACCAUUUCCUCAUUCUCAGAGAAGGCCGAAAGAAGUCCAACCAAUGGAGCCAAAGCAGUUUGCAGCAAUUUUAACAAAAAAGUUAGAAGAUUACCUUAAAAAGUUAGAGAUGAAUGAAAAAUUUGAAACCAAUAUGCGAAAGUUGAAUCAUGAGGUGGAGGAAGAAAAUCAGCAACUGUUUGUGCCGAGCAGUGCACCCAUGGUAAAGACGUUACCCCCACAACCUGCCAAAAGUUUUCCUAUAUCUAGUGAUGAUACAACUAGCGGUGUGGAAGAGGACCCAAAUAGUAUUAUAGAAGAACACUUUUCUAGGGUGUUUGAUUCCUCAGGAAAACACACCCCACAUGGAUAUUGGUCACCAGGUCGGCAUACGCCAAAGUCGAAAUCACCAGAUCGUGCUUUCAGAAAAGUUAACUAUCAUGGUGUUUCACAGUUGCCACCUGCAAUGUUACAAAAACUGUCGCACCAACAACAUAAAUCGCGACAUGCCAACCGGGAUAGUGGCACCAUAACAAUUUAUGAUACAGAGACUGGUAUGGCGCAUCAUCAUAAACACCACCACCACCAUCAUGUGCAUCAUCAUACAUCAACGAAAACAAAACAUCAAAUUGAAGCCGAGGCGACGCAGCGCAGCAUGGCUAUGCUUGGCGUAGACCCGGCUGAAACAUUGUUCAAUCCCAAAUCGCGACCUCGUUUGGAUGCGGUGAACACUCCAGUGAUGGAAACUGUGUUGGAGCCCAGUCGGCAUAAACGAGAGAGUAAGAAAUCAUCCAAGAAAUCGGAUGCAUCUGUUACGUCGAAAACUACAUCAGGUGUGGAUAGUGGAAUAUUUGAAGGACCAGUAUCGUUACCUCCAUCAGAUUCAGGCAGUGAAAGGAACCGAGCAAUAAUGGACUGGAUUCAAGAAAGUGAGGAAUUUACGAGACAUCAACAGCAGCUAUAUGCUGAAAUGAUUUCUAAGCCGCGCGACUCAAGGCAUAAACGUCCUCAACAUACCAAAUUACCUUCCCAGUCACCGUCUCCGUCGCCGCAUAGAAUGGGAUCAAAAAAGCCUGCCACUUACGGUACGUCGCGUCAAAGUUCAACCGAACGUCCAUACAAUGUUCAGGCUGCGUGGGUUAAAAAUAAACCAGCUCAGCCCAUCAUGCAAGAUCCAAGUAUGCCUGUGAAUCCGCCUCCAGAUCCGCUUAGUGUCUUGGAGGAAGCGAGGAGGAGGAUAGACGAUGAGAAGAAAUUAAAACAUCCAAAGGCAAAGCACCAGAGUGACGCAUCUCGUAAGGAAAGAAGGCCAUCCACUGUAAACAUACAAUCACAAAGUUCUCGAAGUGCAACGGGUACUCCGAAAAACAUACCUCCUGAAAUUGAACAAGCAGAAGAAGAGCAGAAAGUGCAACAAAGUAGCAAUAAUUCAACAAUGAAAAAGUCGUCACGGAGCAGUAAAAGCACGUCAACGAGUAAUCAAGACAGCGAGAACACUGUUGUUGCCUAUUUCUUCUGUUCAGAACCCAUUCCAUACAGAACAUCAAUACUGGGAAAAGAAAUCACGUUAGCACAAUUCAAGUCACUCAUUACCAAGAAAGGACAUUACCAAUACGUCUUUAAAAAAGCCAGCAAUGAGUUUGAGUGUGGAGUCGUUCAUGAAAUCAUUUGUGACGACAGUGCCAUUCUUCCAAUUUUUGAAGGAAAAAUAGUCGGUAAAGUUGAGAAGAUUGACUGAAAACCACCAAAAUGGUGUACGGUCCAGAAAAGCGAGACAUUCAACGUGCCCGGCUAAGACCACCAACAUGGCAAGUGGACAGUGCAGAAACACAAGACGACCAGUCUGACCAGUGAGCGCAUCUGCCCAGAAAGUCAACACUACUGGUCUUGACAACUGUCUGGUGUUCAGUAUCAAGACCGAACUGUCGGUGAUGCCAUGAAUGUUACUUAUUCUAGCGGUGCUACAUAGAUUAAUAUAGAGAAUUAGGAUCCAUCCCAUGAUGCAUUGUGGAAACAGACAAAUAUGAAAUCGAGCAGCUGGUUGCGGACAGUCUGUCUUUUAUGUACAAAAUUUACUGUCUUCUACAAGAGAAAUCAUACUUGGACGUAUUCACAAAGCUGUUUCUCAGAUUAAUCUAUUUUUAUACUAAUAAGUGGCCAUAACCCACUUACAAGCUACUUGAAGCAGUCGUAUAAACAAAUAAAAAACUGCAUUUGCCUGCUCCCAUCAUACAUUGCAACAUUUUUUACUUGGUUAUUAUUAUUAUUAUUAUUUUUUUCAAACAGAGCUAUUUAAAUUGACAGCCAUGUUGUCAUUGGUAUUUAGCAUUCUUGCAAUGUAUGAUGGGAAAAGUGUAUUGCCUUUUUUUUUUACCAUUAAGUUGGAAAUCCCUAACCCACCUAAUGUAUUUAUACCGGUCCACUUAGUACGUUCAAACUAGAUAUAUUGUUAUUAUUUUUGCUGUAAACUAUGCUUUUCUGUACCAUCAAUAUACAGUAGCUUGUGUACAAGUUCUGUGGCAAAAUGCAGCUUUUUUUUUAUUUUUUAUUAUAUGGCUUGGAACAUAGUUUUAUAGAUAUACUUAACAUGGGUGAAGUAACCAUUAAAACCCCAGACAACUACUGGUAGCCAUGACAACCAGAAAAAGAACCCGACUAAAUUGGUUUAUUGAUCAUGAAACUAGAAAAUUCGUUUGUCAAACCCCCCCUCUCCCUCACCAUAUGACAAUUGAGUACCAGUGUACCAAACAUUCUAUCAUGUAAAUUGAAAGUUAGUUGUAAUUUUUAUUUUGAACCAAAAAUGACAAGUCUACGGAUGAAGAAAAUCAGAUUGUUUUGUUUUUUUGAGCAAUUUUUUGUUUUGUUUUGUUACAGGCCAUGUGGCGAUAUCAGAUUUAUUAUAUUGGAAUUAUUGCCUAUUGUUUACAUACGUACAUACAUACACACACACACACACACCCCCACUUUGUGCCUUCUCUUGUUUUGGCAUUGUAUAUAAAAUGUAUCCCUGCCUCCCCUCUCCCCCCCUCCUCUGUUCAGACAUUAAAAGUUUUGUUUUUGUUACAGAAAAGACAUUUUUGGUUGCCAAGUGCAUGGCAUUAGGUGUAAAUGAAUUUAUUUGUAGGCUUGGAACAAUAAAUUUAUAUAUAUUUUUAAAAUCAUA